GUAAAAACUCAGCAAGAGAAACCAUCCGCCAUUUCAUACGGAUUUAUAGAUGAAAGUUGUAGGUUAGAUAAAGAGUUAUCAGAAGUCAUCGGAUUUCGUGAUUGUCAAGUAAAAUUACGUAAACAUGAGUGGAGGAGUACCGUAUUUAGGGAGUAAAAUCAGCUUGAUAUCAAAGUCUGAAAUUCGAUAUGAAGGAAUAUUAUACACAAUUGAUACCAAAGAAUCAACGGUUGCUUUGGCAAAAGUUCGUUCUUUUGGAACCGAAGACCGGCCGACCGACCGUCCUGUUGCACCCCGUGAUGAAGUUUAUGAAUACAUCAUCUUCAGAGCUAGUGACAUCAAAGACUUGCAUGUAUGUGAGCCUCCGAAACCUCAGCCCACAUUGACCGGGGGCUUGCCUAAUGAUCCGGCAAUAGUUCAGGUAACCAGUUCCUGGGGCCGGCUCACCACUACUACCCCUAAUCUGUCACACUCUGCUCCAGUGGCUGGUAUGCCAUUUCCGCCCACUUCUACCUUUAAUCAAUCGGCAACUUACGGACCUAUUGGAGCCAUCCCACCCUACCAGUCGUAUGGCCAAUCAGGAGUGCCUCCACAUCUUCCACAGCCAUUCAUGGUAUCAGCCUCACAAUCAGGAUCUAGAUCAGGAACUCCCACACCCACACCUCAGCAAAGAAAAAGUCCUACUAUGGAUGCAGGUGUUCAGACAUCUGGUGGUACCGUACCAACUCGUGGCGAUGAUGAUGAUCCGAAAAAGCAACGUCAGGGUGUGCCUCAAAGAUUAACCAAUCGUCAGUCAUCAAGACCAACAAAUACCCAAAUAAAACAGUUGCCACAGGUUACACAGCAACAGUUACAACAGCAACAGAGAAAACAGUUUGCAACAAACCAGUCUGGACAAAAUAGAGGAAGGUAUCAGCGUCGACCCAGGGGUCCCCGAACACGGCAAAAUCUGACCGGCAAGAAAGAAGUGUUACGCUUUGAAGGAGAAUAUGAUUUUGAACAAGCAAAUGCAGAAUUUCAAGAGCUUGAAAACAAGUUGGCUAAAACAAAGCUAGAUGACAAGAAGGAUGACUCUGGGAAUGAAACCCAGGCUGGUGAUGUACAAGAUGACGAUGAUGUUGUUUAUUAUGAUAGAAGCAAGUCGUUUUUUGAUAACAUCAGCUGUGAAGCCUUGGAAAGAAGCAAAGGAAACUUGCAACGUGUAGAUUGGCGACGUGAAAGGAAACUGAAUGUGGAAACCUUUGGUUCUUCGGCCAACAUGUCUCGUCGAAAUCCCUGGCGUGGUGGUUUCAGAGGAUAUCGAGGUAGAGGAGGUGCUAUGAGGGGUGGUAGGGGCGGAGGUAGAGGAGGUAUGUCAUGAUGUAAGUUUAGAUUUCAUGAUAAUAAUAUCAGUGACUUAGAACAACCUUUGAGAGGACAGUUACAAAAAUUCCUAAAGAUCUAAUUUCUACAGUAAGUGAAACUCCCGAUAAUGCUGCCCAGAAAAAUUGCGUAACUCAUUGCUUUAAUGCAUAUAUUAUCUUGGAAGGUUGGUCACUCGUUCUGAUUAUUUACGAAAGUGAAGUUUACUUUUCAAAUUAAAACUUGGGCUUUUCAUAUUUUAAUCUGUAGUUUGUAAUUUAUGAUGACAAAGGCUUUCUUUUAACCUAGUUUCAGU